AUGGCUGCAACAAUAAUAACGAGAACAGGCCACCAUAGCAGUACAGUUCCUAAUCUGUACAAUCCAGUUGGGGUUUCUCCCAAGAGAUCAAGAGCAAGUUACAUGACUCAAGAAAGACGAGGAGAUUAUUAUCAUCGUAAUCAACAUGGGUUUCAAGCCAAGAAACCGAGGUUUGAUCUUAAUAAUAAUAAUAAUAAUAAUGGGGUUUUCAAUUUCGGUCCAAAGGUUCAAUCUUUACCACGAUUUGAGGCCAAGAAGGUAGAGAUUGAUGGUGGGAUUUCUAGUUUCAAAGCAAGAGUUGAAACCCAGAAGCCAGAGUUCGAUAAUAAUGGGAUUUUGACGCCAAAGUUCCUGGCUUUACCACAAUUUCAACCCCAGAGGCCAGACGCAAAUAAUGGGGGUUUUGUGCCAAAUUUUCAAGCUUGGAAACCUGAGGCUAAUAAAUCUGUGGUUGCAAGGCCGUAUCCUCCAUUUUCACAGCAAUUUCAAGGCAUGAAGCCACGGUUUUAUGGUGGGGUUUCAGUGCCAAAUUCUCAAGUUUCUCAACAGUUUCAAUACAGGAAUUUGAAGGCUGAUGAUGGGGUUUUCAAUCAGAAUUUUCCGGCUUUGCAGCAGAUUCAAGUCAACAAGCCAGUGGUUAAUAAUUUGUAUAAUUCUAAGUCACUAAGAAGCCCUGUGUGUUCAAUGCCAAAACCUGCUAUUGUAAAGUCUAUGAUGAAUCAGAAUGUAACAAAUAUGUGCUUGCUGAAUUCACCUUCACAAAAUUCUCUCGUGUCUUCUGGUUUGUUAACUAACUCUUCUUAUUUCCUGUCUAAUUCUUCGAAUGAUCAUGUUAGAAAUAUGUCUACGAAUUCACAGUCACUAUCUGCUCCACUGCAUUCUAGUUUCGUAACAAAAUCUAUUUUGUCUAAUAAUGCAGUUCAUAACAAUGGGGUUUUCACGCCAAAUCUUCCGGUAAUGCAGCCUAAUUUGGUGAAUCGGAAUGCUAUGAACAUGCAUUUGAAUUCACAGAAUCAAGUAGCUCCUGUCUAUUCUGAUUUGCUAACAUCUUCGGUCGGCAAUGGAGUAAUUUCUUUGGCUAAACAUGAAUUCCAAAGUAAUAAUCCAAAUAGUAGCAAAUUCAAUCCUGCACCAAAGUUGCAGGAAGCCAGUAACCAACUCGUGGCUAACGAAUGCUCUGGUUUGAUAAAUUCACUCCUGAAUUCCUUGAUUAAAAAGGAAGAUGAUUUUAGUGGUGUCGUUGUGUUUGAUGCAAACCAGCUUAAGGUGAGGCAUGAAUCUGCCAUUAGAUCCCUAUAUGCCGAUUUGCCAAGGCAAUGCUCAACAUGUGGGAUCAGAUUCAAGUGCCAAGAAGAUCAUAGCAAGCAUAUGGAUUGGCAUGUGAUUAAAAACCGGACAACCAAGAUAUCCAAGCUGCAUAUGCAGAAGCAGAAGCAAAGCGUUUCUCGUAUGUGGUUUGCUGGUGUCGAUACGUGGCUGGCUGCUAGUGCAGAAGUUGCUGCAGUUCCUGGAUUCACAAAAGCUGAUGCUCCUGUUGAUAAGGAAGAUGAAGAUGAAGAUUGGGUGAGUUCCACUGAUGACAGCAAAGUAUGUGCCUUGUGUCGCGAACCGUUUGAAGAAUUCUACAGCCAUGAGGCUGAUGACUGGAUACUCAGAGGAGCUGUCUACCUGAACGCAGCAAAGAAAUCAGCAGCAGAAACCUUGGAUAGGAGUCGAUUAGGUCCUGCUGUGCAUGCCAAGUGCAGGCCAGACUCCAAGAAUUAG